AGAGGGCACAGCCCCACGGCUCACUGCCACCUACAAUUCUGCCUCAAUAAAUGUCCCAGCAGCAAGUUGACUGCUGCUCAGGCUGUAACGCUUUAAGGCACACCUCCUACCCGGAGCCGCAACCUGCGAGGCGCAUGGUGGAGAGCUGCUCCUGCAGUCCUGAGCCUUUGGUUUAAUUGCAACGGACAGUUCUGGCAGGAAAAUGGACUACUUGGAUAUGUUUUGCCACCCUGUCUGGGCCAUUUCUACGGCACUGCUGACGGUGUUUGUGCGCCUACAGCGAAAUUACGCACGCUGGAAUCCGCGAACCUGCGAGGUGCGGCUGACAGGGAAGACUGCUAUAGUGACUGGAGCCAAUACAGGCAUUGGGAAGUUUAUUGCCCUGGACUUUGCCCGCCGUGGGGCCCGUGUGAUCCUUGCCUGUCGGAGUGAGGCCCGGGGCACCGAAGCACUUAACGAAAUCAGAGAGAAAACAGGAAACUCUGAUGUUCAUCUGCGUCUGGUUGACCUCUCCUCUCUGGAUUCUGUCAGAGCAUUUGCAAAGAGGAUUCUAGAGGAAGAGAAAGCUCUCCACAUCCUCGUCAACAAUGCAGGCGUAUCAGGUUUACCGAGGCAGAUAACCAAAGAUGGGUUGGAGGCUUCUUUUGCCACCAACCAUCUAGGACCAUUUCUGCUCACCAACCUGCUGCUGGACCUGAUAAAGCGUUCAGCUCCAGCCCGUAUUGUGACCGUCAGCUCCGUCAACCAUAAGAGGGGUAAAGUGGACUUUUCUCACUUCCGUGGCGAGGACCUCACUUAUUUCAUGGAUGAAGUCUACAACCAUACUAAGCUGCACAAUAUCAUCUGCACCAACGAGCUAGCCAACAGGCUAAAGGACACAGGUGUCACUGCAAACUCAGUCCACCCUGGUGUUGUCAUGACAGAAGUGAUGAGACAUUAUCCGCUGUGGGUCCGUUGUAUUUUUAAUCUUGUUGGGUUUUUCUUUUUUAAGUCUUCAGAAGGAGGUGCAGUCAGCCCGAUCUACUGUGCAGUAGCAGAAGAACUAGAGGGGAUAACUGGCAAGUAUUUUGACAGCGAUUGCUCCCUCGUUCUUCCUGCCCCUUUAGCUCGAGAUGCCGCCCUCGCCGUCAAGGAUUUCGAGGUCUGUGAGAGACUGACAUCAAAGCUCUGAAGCAGCCAUCUGGCGAGGCUGGAUAACAGACAGAAGGUCAAAUUCCACCCUCUUAUUGCAUUUCUGACAUGUGCAUUUCUGCUAUAGUGUAUAGAGCUGUCUGUAGAACAAAAAGAGGAAUUAUAGGAAAGUUGCAGUAACCUCAUCUGACAUGCACAGUCUAUAAAAGACUAAAAUCCACAGGUUUCCAAUAAAUGGUACCUGACUGUGACCACUUAAUGCACUGUGUCCUUUAUAAAGAAAUAAACAUUUACUACACUGGAAAA